AAUGACACCCUUUUUGAGGCUAGUCAUACGAUGCUUAUGGCGGGAAUUCCUGAUACAGGAAUCCUGGAUAAGCGACAAUUAAAGCGACAGCUGGCUUUGUUUAUUGUAGCUCGUGAAGUUUAGACAGGAAACAUGUCACAGAAGUCAAUUACGUCGUUUUUCUCGCGACAACCUUUGCAGAAAAAGGAGAACAUUAUACAACCUGAGGAUGAGAAGUGCAGCAAAGGUGGCAGUAGUGCUCCCGUGAAGAGCAUCUCAGAUUCUGAAGAUUCGCCUAUCAAAGGAAAGAAACGAAGUAGAAAGCGAGCAAUAAGUGACAGUGAUGAAGAUACUAGUAAUGAAUCUCAGAAGCCAGAAAUAUCUGUUAAGGAGGAGGAUAAAUCGUCUGAAACAAAUAUUACUUUACCAAGCACAUCUGAUCGGAAAUCAGGGUCACCUUCCAGGAAAGUUAUGAAAAAAAUGACAGCUCCUGUAACAAAGGACCCGAAUAUUGAUCGUACCAAACUUCAUCCUGCUAUUGCUAAAAUAUUGAAAGGUGGUAAUGAUUCUGAUACAACCACUGAUGGAAAGACUUCCCAGCCUGUAGUCAGUACGGAAUGUGAAGACAGCAACAGUAAGGAUGAUUUUACUUUGAAAAUGGAGGUUUCUGAUUCUGAAGAUGGAGAUUCUUCAGGAAAAUCAAAUUUAACUAAACAAACCACUGAAGAAAUUGAUCCAAAAAGCAAGGAGAAAAGCCAUAGUCCCAAAACUCCAAAAACUGCUGAUAAAAAGAAAUCCCCUAAAGGUUCCAAAGAAACUGGUUCUAAAACACCCAAACGUGUUUCCAAGUCUUCACCAAAAACUCCUAAACCAUCUGUCCACAGCUUCUUUACUACAGUCACUACUUCUGAUAAGAAAGAAGUCGGCAGUAACGAUGAAGACAAACCAACUGACUCUUCUAAGGACACCACUCCCUCUGAGAAGAAAGUAGGCACCAAUCAAUCUACAAAAACUCUGCUCUCUUGUAAAAGUAGUGGCCCAGAAUCUGAUUUCAAUCCAGCAUCAGGACCAUCAUAUCAUCCCAUUGAUGAUGCCUGCUGGAAAAAAGGCGAAAAAGUACCCUACAUGGCACUAGCAAAGACUAUGGAGGCCAUUGAGAGUAUCACUGCUCGCCUUAAAAUAGUUGAAAUUCUAGCAAACUAUUUCCGCUCUGUGAUAGUUUUGUCUCCUGAAGAUCUUCUUCCAUCUGUGUACCUUUGCCUCAAUAAACUUGCCCCAGCUUAUGAAGGCCUUGAACUUGGAAUAGCUGACCAGUUUUUGAUGAAGGCUAUAGCACAAACCACUGGUAGAACACUUGCUCAAAUUAAAACUGAUGCUAAAGAUACUGGCGACCUUGGAAUUGUAGCUGAGCGUAGUAAAAGCAAUCAACGAAUGAUGUUUCAACCUACAAAAUUAACUGUUCGGGCUGUUUAUGAUAAAUUGAAAGAUAUUGCGCUUAUGUCUGGCAAAGAGUCUCAAUCAAAGAAAGUGGACAAGGUCCAGGCUAUGUUUGUGGCUUGUCGUCAGGUUGAAGCGAGGUUUCUAAUUCGCUCCCUUGCAGGAAAGUUGCGUAUUGGGCUUGCUGAACAGUCUGUCUUACAGGCUUUAGGCCAGGCUUGCACAAUGACCCCGCCAGCACAAAGCUACCCACCUGAGAUAAUAAAUGCUUGUAAGGGCAUGAGCACAGAAAGUUUCAAAUCGGCUGUAAACGACCAAGCUUUGAUUCUGAAAACAACCUAUUGUGAAUGCCCGAAUUAUGAUAAAAUAAUUCCUGUUCUGCUGGAAGGUGGAAUUAAAAGUCUACCAGAACAUUGUCACUUGACUCCUGGAAUUCCAUUGCAACCCAUGUUGGCACAUCCAACCAAGGGAGUCCAGGAAGUACUCACAAGGUUUGAUGGAUUGAAAUUCACUUGUGAGUGGAAGUAUGAUGGAGAAAGAGCACAGAUUCAUAUGGACGAAAAUGGAAAAGUUUCAAUUUACAGUAGAAAUCAAGAAAACAAUACAUCCAAGUACCCUGAUAUUAUUUCAAGACUGGCAACUAGGAAGUGCCUCGGAGACAAUGUGAAAUCUUUUGUGCUUGACUCUGAAGCUGUAGCAUUUGAUAAGGAAAAACAGCAAAUUCUUCCCUUCCAAAUUCUCAGCACUAGAAAAAGAAAGGAUGCCAAUGAAGAUGACAUUAAAGUUCAUGUAUGUGUUUUCAUGUUUGAUUUACUCUACUUUAAUGGAGAGCCAUUGGUGAGAAAGACACUGCAGGAACGAAGGAAAUUACUCCGGGAAAAUUUCAAAGAAGUUGAUGAGCAAUUCAAAUUUGCUUCUAGUGUAGAUGUCACUACCAUGGAAGAAGUCCAAGAGUAUCUUGAGGAAUCUGUGAAAGGUAACUGUGAAGGUUUAAUGGUUAAAACUCUAGAGGAAGAAGCAACCUAUGAAAUUGCAAAACGAUCAAGAAAUUGGCUAAAGCUUAAAAAGGAUUAUCUUGAAGGGUGUGGCGACACUUUAGAUGUCGUUGUGAUUGGGGGCUACUUAGGGCGCGGAAAGCGUACUGGAACUUAUGGAGGUUUCCUUCUUGCCUGCUAUGACUCUGAAAAUGAAGAAUAUCAAAGUAUAUGCAAGAUUGGAACAGGAUUUAGCGAUGAAUCUCUAACAGAACACACAGAGUUCUUGAAAAAACAUGUGAUUCCUAAAUCUCGUCCAUACUACAGAUAUGAUACCAGCCAUGAGCCUGACCAUUGGUUUGAUGCAGUUCAAGUUUGGGAAAUCAAAUGUGCUGAUCUCUCUCUUUCUCCUGCUCACAGAGCAGCUAUUGGAAUUGUUGAUCCCGAAAAGGGUAUUUCUCUUCGUUUCCCGCGUUUCCUACGAAUAAGGGAAGACAAGUCUGUUGAAAACGCCACCUCUGCUAGACAGGUAGCGGAUUUGUAUCUCAAUCAAGAUCAGAUCAAGAAUCAGGCCAGUGCAAAGGAGGUAGAUGAAGAAGACUUUUAUUAACACUCAUCAAAUAGAGGCGUGUAAUCAAUUUUACAGUUUCAUACAUUUUAAAUGCAAUUCUAGAAUAAGUAUUUUAUUUGCACUCAAAAUUAAUUUAUUAACUUUAUUGUUCACAUUAAUUAAACUAUAAGCAAGUACAUCUAAAUUCAA